GAAAAAUAGAAAGCACUGUUGUACACAUUUUUUAAUUGUUAUUGUGAGGGUGAAACACAUAACCGUUAUGAGUGCGAGAAAGUGCAGACCCACCUCUCACACACUGUCUGCUCCACACUCUCCUUUGAAUUUUCUGCCAUUAUUAUUCCUUUGUUUCCUUCUUCCGUUGAACACUUUCCCCCAUACUUCUUUUCUGCAUUUGGAACCCAAUCAAUUAUACACAACGUCACAAAAACACACUCAGCACCAUUACUCCCACCCCUUCAAGGUAAUUAAACUCGUCAAGAACAAAGACAACAUCCUUAAUCAUUCUAACAACAUUACUUUCACUGUUUCCUCGGCAUCACCGAAUCAGACCACCCAUCUUCGUUCCCCAAUGCCGCCACCUCAAACGCCCUUCUUCAUCGUCUUUCUGUGUUUUCUCAAUGCCUGUUCUUCUGUCUUCGCCACCCAGUUUGACUUUGGAACCUUAACCAUGAGUACACUGAAACUUCUCGGCGAUGCCCAUUUGAACAACAACACCGUCAGCCUCACCGGUGACCCCGCCGUCCCAAACUCCGCUGCUGGCAGAGCGCUUUACUCCGACCCCAUCAGAUUCCGGCAACAAGGGUCCCCUUCUCUGGCGAGCUUCUCCACUUUCUUCUCCUUUUCUGUCACCAACCUCAAUCCAUCCUCCGUCGGCGGCGGCCUCGCCUUCGUCAUCUCGCCGGACUCCACCGCUGUCGGUGAUUCCGGCGGCUUCCUCGGUCUGCAAAACCCCGCCGCCGCCACAGGCGGUGGCGGCGGGUUCGUCGCUGUUGAAUUCGACACCCUGAUGGACGUGGAAUUCAGCGACAUUAAUGGAAACCAUGUGGGGUUGGACUUAAACAGCGUUGUUUCGGCUCAAGUUAGCGACUUGGGAAGCGUCGGAGUGGAUCUUAAAAGCGGUGACUCGGUGAACGCGUGGAUCGAGUACGAUGGAAGCAGCAAAGGGUUGCGCGUGUGGGUCUCGUACUCGACUGUGAGGCCGAAAGAUCCGAUUUUGAAGGUGGAUCUCGAUGUCGGUAUGUAUGUUAAUGAUUUCAUGUAUGUGGGGUUUUCUGGGUCUACCCAAGGUAGCACGGAGGUGCACAAUGUUGAGUGGUGGAGUUUCAAUUCCUCUUUCGAUUCCGCGGCGGCUCCUGCCACCAUGUCAGCACCCUCCGCCACUUCAGCACCUGAGCAGAAGGAAAGUAAGUCUUCUAGGAACGGUACUGUGGGGGCUGUUGCUGGGGUUGUGACUGCUGGUGCUUUUGUUCUUGCGCUCUUUGCUGGUGCAUUCAUUUGGGUGUAUUCUAAGAAGGUGAAGCGAAUGAAGAAAUUUGAUCAAUCUAUUGAGUCGGAGAUUAUUAGAAUGCCAAAGGAGUUUAGCUACAAGGAGCUGAAAUUUGCCACUAAGGGGUUCAGUGCUAAUAGGGUCAUUGGUCAUGGUGCUUUUGGGACCGUGUACAAGGGUGUGCUGCCUGAGAGUGGUGACACUGUUGCGGUGAAGAGGUGUAAUCAUAGUGGUCAAGGUAAGAGUGAGUUUUUGUCCGAGUUGUCUAUAAUUGGGAGUCUCAGGCAUCGGAAUCUGGUUCACCUUCAAGGUUGGUGCCAUGAGAAAGGUGAGAUUUUGUUGGUGUAUGACUUGAUGCCCAAUGGGAGUUUAGAUAAGGCUUUGUAUGAGGCUAGGAUGCCUUUGUCAUGGCCUCACAGGCUCAAAAUUUUGUUAGGUGUGUCAUCUGUGUUGGCCUACUUGCAUCACGAAUGUGAAAACCAGGUAAUUCAUAGGGACAUUAAGACUAGUAACAUUAUGUUAGAUGAAGGGUUCAAUGCUCGGUUAGGCGAUUUUGGUUUAGCAAGACAAACACAACAUGAUAAGUCUCCUGAUGCCACUGUGGCUGCCGGAACAAUGGGGUAUCUUGCCCCAGAGUAUGUUCUUACUGGUAGAGCAACUGAGAAAACUGAUGUGUUUAGCUAUGGUGCGGUGGUUCUUGAGGUGGCCUGUGGGAGGAGGCCUAUUGAGAAAGAUGCCGCUGCAAAUGGUAAAGUUGGGGUUAGCAGCAAUUUGGUGGAACGGGUUUGGAGUUUGCAUCAAGAAGGUAAGUUGCUAACGGCAGCUGAUCCAAGACUUGAAGGUGAGUUUGAAGAAGGGGAAAUGAGGAGGGUACUCUUAGUUGGGUUAGCUUGUUCACACCCAGAUUCAAUGGCAAGACCAACUAUGAGGGGUGCAGUUCAGAUGCUGCUUGGAGAGGCUGAAGUGCCUAUUGUCCCUAGAGCCAAACCGUCUACUAGUUACAGCACUUCUCACCUCUUAUUGAGCCUGCAAGAUAGUGAAUCUGACUGUAAUAAUGCUAUGAUCACCAUCUCUACCUCCUCUUCAGAGAACACCCUCAGUGACAGACAUAUACUCUGAUAGAAGUCUAGAGCUGGAAUCUUGCAAUUUUUUAAUUAUUUACCAAAAAUGUAGAUACACCGAUAUUUAUUCUUUGGUUCAUUUAUGUAAACGCCAAUAACAUUACAAUUAAAGGCCUUGAGAAAGGAAAGAAUUUUGGGGAUUGAGCAA